AACACUGACCUUUGUGGGAAUGCUUGGAGCAGACUAACCUGUGAGCUGGAGUGUUCUGGACGUUAUAUUUGGUCUUUGAAUGGCUGCAAUCCAGGCCAUCCGUCGCCUCUUUUUACUUCGGAAACAUGGCUUGAACAAUUUCUCCUUAACGACGUAAUCCGAUAACAACCGAUCUCUUUACCCGUCGGCUUCCCGAGACUGUCAUGCGACCGGCUAUUGCAAUUAACAAUGCAACAGCUUCUUGCCAUUUUUUGUUUCUUUUUAUCGCUGUGUAACUUAUUUCAAUUGAAAGCCUGCGUGCGCUAGUACCUCUUGCCUUGGGUUCCCACAAUCCUUUGCGGUUUUACCCCUCAAUGACGUCACAUUUUCAAUCUCUAUUGUCGAGACAGUUCUGCAUCAAUACGCUAGACAAACAUAGAAAGCGGAACUCCGUAAACAUGCGUGUUGGGACGAUCGUUGCCGUUGCAGGGGGAGCAGUAGGUGCAGUGGCCUUGGCUCCUGUUGCUCUGGGGGCCGUAGGUUUCACCUCAGCUGGAAUAGCUGCAGGCUCCUAUGCUGCAAGCAUGAUGUCUGCUGCUGCGGUGGCUAAUGGAGGGGGAGUGGUAGCUGGAAGCAUGGUGGCUCUUUUGCAGUCAGCAGGUGCAGCUGGGCUGUCGGGGGCUGCCACUGCAGCUGUGGGCAGUGUUGGAGCUGCUGCAGGAGCAGGACUGAAAUUGCUGGCAGGUGUCAUACGGAAAUAAAAAAUGUAAAUAAUCUCACAUGGCAAAUUCUAAUGAUAUUUGUUGCCACUGCACUUCCUACUAAUGAGCAUUUUUGUGAUGUCAGAAAUAUGAGUGAUACAUUUUUUAACUGUUUCAGUGAAUGAGUGAAAGUGUUUCUGCGUGUCACUGACCUCAUUUCAGUGCACCAAAGAGUAAUUCCACAAAUUCAGAGUGUUGUAAAAAUUUCAGGAUUUAACGAAAUGUUUUGGUCAUACCACAUGUUACUGAAGUGUUUAAACUAAAGAGUGUUCUAGCGUUUAUUCAUUAAAGGUUCAAAAUAAAGGAAAAUAUUAAACCAGAGUGAAGAGUUAUCAUUUUUGAAGAUGUGCUGCACAUUUGUCGUUCUUACAGCUUUGCCACUGAUCAUUUCAGGUGUAGGAAUGGAAACUCACUAAACCCUUUCCUUCCUUCUCUAAGCAAUAUUUUACUUUGUUGAAAGAUCUAAAUAAGAGUAACUGAAAUUAACUUAAAUAAAAUGCAUUUCAAAGUUUCUGCUGGCUCCAGUGUUUUUAAAAUUUGUAAUGGUACAAAAGAUUAUUUAAAGAUUUAACCCUCACAAAAUAAACUGUAAUCCUCCCCCCCUCCUUUUUUUUUAAGGAU